AUGACUCGCCUGGAAAUCACGACGUGGGAAUACUCCAAGAACAACGUCAACGCGGUCCACAACAUCCACGUGCUGUUUUGCAUCGACUUGCAUCAGACAAUCUCUGGGCAAAAGCGGCUCAAGCCUGGCAAAGCCGGCAUGGCCUACGCGCGCCCAGGCAUCUCCCGCCGGUUCUCCGAGUUCCGAUCUCUUCACGACGCCCUCACCCGCGACGGGUUCCAACUGCCCCCCCUUCCCCCCGCCAACCCCUGGGUCGACUUUUGGAUCAGGUAUUUCCCAGUCCCCACUUUGGCCACGCGACUUCGUUCCCUCCAAGACGUGCUGGACGUGAUCAACUUGUCGCCUCCCAUGCAAGCCACGCCCGCGUUCAAGACGUUUAUUGGUCCGACCCCGGAUACCCGCCUCGGGUACACGACAUUGCGGGAGUAUAACGACGCCUACAGCAAUUAUCGUUGGCGCGGCGCCGUGUCCUUCGAUGGUCAUCGGUCCUCCCCCCGUGCCACCACCUUGACACGCGUCUUCUCCAGCACCCAACUUAUUGGCGCUCAGUUUGGCGACGGCCAACGCAGCCGCUGCAGCCCUGGUGUUGUGCAGCCGCGUACCCAAGUGAGCACGUCCGCCGGAACAAAUUCAAACGACACCGCCACAGGUUGGAUGGUCGUGAUGUUGCGGGCCAAGAUUACGAUUGAUUGGGGUCAGUGGCAGUUCCCCGUGGGCAAAACCGGAUAA